AUGUAUACCGUCUUCUUCGCAGUUUUGUGCUGCCUCCUGGCAGAGACGCCCCUGGCGCUCGCUGCAGCUGGUCCCGGUCAACCUGCUUCCGCGUUCGGCAAUCUGAGAGCGUUACUUGGUUCCGCCGCACAUGCCGAGUUUGCAAGAGGUACUGUAAGCGUAUGCCUCUACUGCCAUCGAACAUGCAUUGGUGGAAUGUGGCUAACUUCACCGCGACAGUCAGUUUCAACUCCUCCGACCACCACCACUGCUCAGUGUGACGAGUACAACAACUACUUAUAUGUGACGCCUGAGAACUAUACCUUCCAGCUGCAAUGCGAGACGAACUAUGAUGGAUUUGAAAUAACGGUUGACGAUCCAGUCUCCAGCUUGACAACUUGUAUUGAAGCCUGUGUGACCUACAAUGUGGGCAACCCAAAACAACUGUGCAAGGGCGUCAACUUUAACGCGGCAUUUGGGGCGGCAUUUGGACAAUGCACUCUUUAUUCAGAGGUGACAGACUUGAGCCUGGCAGACGAAGACGAAGUUCAAGAUUCUGCAUUGUUGGUGGAAGACCCCAGUGGAAAUAUGUACGCGUCAGGUCAGGUAGCAUCAUUUUCGGGAGAACCGACCCAGGCACCGUCAAUUGUGCCAUUGCCCACCACUGCGGCCAGCCAGACAACGUCAGGAAUGAGCACCACAUCGACUACGACCAUCACGACAACGGUAACAAGUACGACUCUUAUCACCUCAUGCCCCGCUGGAAUGUCUGGUUGUCUGUCGAGUCUUACGACUCCAUUUUCCACUUCAACCGUGGGGCCCAUCAGUGAUGGCACUACUACUGGUAAUCCUACUACGACAGUAUCUCAACCACCGAAUAGUGCAAGCACUAGCCCAUCGCCGUUUACUUCGAGCCUCACAACACCUACUGGCACUGGGACGGCUGGAACAAACACAACACCACCAGCAGGAUAUAAUGUUGACGCUGUAACGACAUUCACCAACAUUGUGCCGGUUACGGAAUACAGAGUGCAAGUUGUGGAGAUAUGUGCAGCCACCUCGACUCCAUGUUCAGAAUCGACCGUCACCUCUACCCGUGUCGGUUAUAGAACAGAGAUAUCGUGCUCGCCUGGGCCUUGUACAGGGGUGAUGGUGGCUAGCAGCUUGAUGGCUGAUUUUGCAGCCACUGGGACCUGUAUCAUGACCUAGAAAUCAUGUCUUCAAUUCGGGGGGGAAUCAUGGUCCAAAUAGGUGCACGGUUUGAUCUUCGAUGUUACGGCUUCUUUUUCCUAUUGACGUGCUAGCCGUAGGUUUAUUGCCUUCCGCGGAAAUCUGAGAUUUGGCUCAAUCAAGUUUUUGUCGCUAUCCGUUGAACUCAUUUUAUGUGAUAGACUGCUACUACGCGUCUGUAGGCCCUUGGCAUAAACCCGCUCGUACUAGUAACCCGUAAAUGUCAUGGCUGAUCACAGAGCAAUCCGAUGCGCCCCCGGCACGAGGAUCCGUCCGUACAGGGUAAAUUGUGG